AUGCUGUCACGAUCUCCGGCAGUCAGGGCGACCCGGUCCCAUCCCCAUGGCCUUUUACGUCCGGCCGUAUUCAGGUCGCCGCAGACCGGUUCGCAGCCACUCCGCCGCGGAGCUGCGAGCUUCAUAGCUGGGCGCCCCGGAACCUCAAUCGCCCGCAAAGCGUCCCCAUCGACCUUACAUUUGGAAUCUCUACUCAAGGAAGCUCCCCACGUUCGCUCUCAUCCAUGGCUGCACGGCCGGCGGCAUGCGUCGUCCACGACACCGACGGAGACCGAUCCCGAUGCGAAGAAGGAUACCAUCUACGCCUUGGUCGACAAGAUCAAUCAAACGGAUCUGGAAAUGGCUGAGCUUAUGUACGAGCUAGACCUUUUGGACGACCAUGAGAAAGCGCUCAACCUCGAAGGUCUCGAUUUCGAUUAUGCGUUGAGUCAGACGAUCGGUCACCGGGACGAAGAAACGUUGGAUGCGCGGGUGCGGCAAGCAAGACAGGAAUUUGGUGAAUAUCUUCCGGAGGGGCUCUUGAAUGAUAGAGAGACUCAGCUGUACACUCGGUUGUACGGCGAGCCUGUCUAUCUUGCGCAGGAGUCUGAGCUGGAUCUGGUGGAAGAAGGAGAAGAGAUAGAUCCGGAUAGGCUGUACCGUGAAGAUGGCGAGGGCGGCUGGGAAGAAGUCGAGCUGGAUGGAUCUGAGACACACGAUGAGCCUCCGUUGGUCUAUGAUAUGGAAGCUCCGCCGUCAAUCGAGGAAACGAUCACGAUGCAACGGACGAGAGAAGUCGCCGAGCAGCUAGGCGGAGAGAUCAUGCUCGAGCAGUUCGAAGAUGAGGCAGCAUCAGACUCGGCUCCCAAAUUCCAUCCUCUAACAACAAUGGGAAAGUUUUCCACCGAUCCCAGCACUAUAUUCAUACCGAAGGAUAGCGUGACGGGCCCAAUCUCUGUCAUUCUGUCGGACUUCUCGAACAAGCAUAUUGCGGACACCGCCCAUCGCACACUUGGCGGCCAAUACCUUCCUUAUUCUACUACAACCCCACCCUUGCGCUUGCAAGCUCCUCAACAGCCGAUUCCUCUAGAAGCGGCCCAGCGGUACAUGAGCGAGAUGGAAGCCAAUGUCUUCCUUGCCGCUCUCUACCCCGGCAUGUAUGCGUCUGUGCUGAGUGUUCUGGUGGAAGUCCGCAAACGCUUGGGUACGGACUGGAUCCGGAACCUGAUGACACAAGAAGGCGGACCCCAUGUCCUCGAUGUCAGCGCCGGCGGUGCAGGUGUCUUGGCGUGGAGAGACAUCCUUCGUGCGGCGUGGGAAGCCAUGACCCCAGAGCACAGCCCAGAGGACCCCUAUCCCGUGGGCCGGUCGACGGUUGUUACUGGAUCCGACACUCUUCGUCUCCGUGCCAGCGCGAUGCUCGAAGACACCAGCUUCCUCCCGCGGCUGCCCGACUACGUUCACGUCCGCGAAAAGCCAACCUUGCAAGACGAGCGGGCUCCGCCAAAGCGGAAACAGUACGACAUUAUCAUUGCUCCACACUCGUUGCUCGGAAUCGAGGAAGAGUUCCUCCGGAAGGAACAUGUACAGAACCUGUGGAACCUCCUGAACCCCAACGGGGGCGUCCUGAUCCUCCUCGAGAAGGGACACCAAAAGGGUUUCGAAGCCGUUGCCGGAGCGCGUGACAUGCUCCUGAAACGAUUCAUCUCCAGCCCCGGAUCUACCAGAUAUGAGAAUUUGACAGAUUCGCCCGAAGAAGAUACAUUCAUCGAGAAAGAAGCCGGCAUGAUCGUCGCUCCCUGUACCAACCACAACAAGUGCCCCAUGUACCAAAUCCCCGGUCAUACCAAGGGCCGUAGAGAUUACUGUCACUUCCAACAACGCUAUAUCCGCCCAGCCUUCCUACAGCGCAUCAUCGGCGCUAAGGAUCGCAACCAUGAGGACCUGAAAUUCAGUUACAUCGCCGUCCAGCGCGGCGUCGACCGGCGUAUCGAGGACAGCAUCAUCCAGGGCACCGAAGCCGCAGAUGCAGCCUUUGACGGCUAUGAAGACGCAGUCGAGAUGCCGAAGCAAGAAACCGAAGCAUCCGCCAACGAAGCUGUCGCAUCAGAGACUCAACCUACGCCUACCGAACAACAGGAAACAGGAGGAGUCAACUUCCUCUCCCUGCCCCGUAUCGUCUACCAACCCAUGAAGCGCCGCGGACACGUCAUCUUCGACCUUUGCACGCCGGCCGGCAAGAUCGAGCGCUGGACCGUCCCCCGGUCGUUCAGUCGGCAAGCGUACAAGGAUGCGCGCAAGUCCCAGUGGGGAGACCUGUGGGCUCUUGGUGCGAAGACUCGUGUUGCGAGAUCCUUGCGACUCGGUGAGAAGCAUGGUGAGGGUAAGAAGGAACGACUUGCUCGGCGGGCUGCUGAGAAGCAGGAAAUGGAGGAAGAGGAAGAGGAUGCAUUGGAGGAGAGAAUGGAGCCUACCAGCAGUAUGCCUGACAUUCAGACUCCGCUUAAGAAGAAGGGUCAGAAGAUACCCAGUUGGGAGAAGCAGCAGCUUAAGAAGAAGCGCAGACAGGCUUUGAAGCAGGUGAGACCUUCGGCCUGA